CUGAAGGGGUAGUGAUGGGCUGCACUCCGUCUAAGUCCUCCAUCAACUACACCCAGGACCGGGUGUGUCGGGACUUGGACACCUGCUCCACCUUUGUCCCCAGUCUCAAGAGUUCCGUGUCUACCCCGAAGAGACCCUCGCCUCAGCUCUGUCUGGAGACCAGCAGCGGCAAACAGACCUUCCUCAGUGUUCCGUACCGAGACAGCUAUGGGCGAUCUUUAAGCCAGCCUUCUAGCCCGGACGCGUGGAGCACUUUCACCACUGCAACCACUGCCAGCCCGCUCUGCCUUCCACACUCUAUCCUCAAGCCAAGCUGCAGCGAGAGAGACAGCGACUCUGACGGGGAUGAGACUCCCACAUGCGGCUAGAGGUGACGGACAAUCUGCGGAGACAGAUUUGCGUCUAUACUGUCUAUACUAUAGGACUCUGCACGCAAAAUGAAGUGCGUGGUUGGCGCACUGAGGUCCAGAUCUCAAGAAAAGUAGUUUCUGAAGAACUUUGAUAAUGUUGAUUUCCCUUAUGAAUGUCACUGAUGUUAUCCUUCAUGGCCAAGAAUGUCCCGGGAAAGGACACAGCAUUUCUUAAAACAGUUUAUUAAAGGCCCCAUGUAGCCGUUUUUACUUCAAUAUCAAAUAAUUUCUGGGUAACAAUUAGGUCCCUUACUGUGUUUGAAAACUAUCAAAAUGGUCUAAAAGAAACAAAUAGCUUCUUAGCAAAAGCAAUGUAUCAAGCAAUAAUUUUGCUAGGACUGUCUGGAAGAGGGAAACCCGAAAAUGAUCUGUUAUUGGCAAAUAGGUUUGGAACUCUCUUAUUGGUCUAUUAACUCAUUUUACUGCCUGGUGAGGUCAUGACCGUAAACUACUGGGAGGUCAAAGCUCCAUCCCCAACCUGGACUUGAGUAAAUGUAAUAUGAUAUGUUUCGUAUUGUAAUUAUACAUUUGUUUAUAUCCAUCCAUUUCAUAAGAUAUGUUAGGAAUUACAAUGUGUUGUGUCUAAUGUUAGCUAGGUGGAUAAUGAUAACGUUAGCUAGGUGGCUAAUGUUAGCUAGGUUAGGGGAAGGGUUAGCUAACAUGCUAAAUAGUUGGAAAAUACCUAAAAAGUAGUAAGUAGUUGCUAAUUAGCUAAAAGUGUUCCGUGAUGAGAUUUGACCACGCAACAUUUGGGUUGCUAGACGUUUGUGUUAUACACUCAGCCAGACCAACGACCCUACUUUCGUGUUUACCUUAAGUAAUCGGUUUUAUGUUACAUUUGGUAUGGUUGCAUAUCAUAUUAAUUUGUGUGUCCCGGAUUUACAUUUACUAUGUUAGGUCUAGUCUAUGAAACCAGGCUGCCAACCCACCAAAACAGGCUGAACAUUUCAGAUGGUCUUUUCAAAUAGCUCGUACACUAAAAUGGCCUUAUCAAUUUCACAAUUUUUGUAUUUAUUUUAUUUCACCUUUAUUUAACCAGGUAAGCAACUUGAGAACAAGUUCUCAUUUACAAUUGCGACCUGGCCAAGAUAAAGCAAAUCAGUUUGACACAUACAACCACACAGAGUUACACAUGGAGUAAAUCAAACCGUCUAUAAUACAGUAGAAAAAAAGUCUAUAUACAAUGUGAACAAAUGAGGUGAGAUAAGGGAGGUAAAGUAAAAAUAUAAAAAAGGCCAUGGUGGCAAAGUAAAUACAAUAUAGCAAGUAACACUGGAAUGGUUGAUUUGCAGUGGAAGAAUGUGCAAGGUAGAGAGAAAUAAUGGGGUGCAAAGGAGCAAAAUAAAUAAAUACAGUAGGGGGAGAGGUAGUUGUCUGGGCUAAAUUAUAGAUGGGCUAUGUACAGGUGCAGUAAUCUAUGAGCUGCUCUGACAGUUGGUGCUUAAAGCUAGUGAGGGAGAUAAGUGUUUCCAGUUUCAGAGAUUUUUGUAGUUCGUUCCAGUCAUUGGCAGCAUAGAACUGGAAGGAGAAGCAGCCAAAGGAAGAAUUGGUUUUGGGGGUGACCAGAGAGAUAUACCUGCUGGAGCGCGUGCUACAUGUGGGUGCUGCUAUGGUGACCAGCGAGCUGAGAUAAGGGGGGACUUUUCGUUUGGCGACGAGAAUGAAGCGAGGGCCAGCCAACGAGAGCGUACAGGUCGCAGUGGUGGGUAGUAUAUGGGGCUUUGGUGACAAAACGGAUGGCACUGUGAUAGACUGCAUUCAAUUGAUUGAGAAGGGUAUUGCAGGCUAUUUUGUAAAUGACAUCGUCGAAGUUGAGGAUUGGUAGGAUGGUCAGUUUUACAAGGGUAUGUUUGGCAGCAUGCUUUGUUGCGAAAUAGGAAGCCAAUUCUAGAUUUAACUUUGGAUUGGAGAUGUUUGAUGUGGGUCUGGAAGGAGAGUUUACAGUCUAACCAGACACCUAGGUAUUUGUAGUUGUCCAUAUAUUCUAUGUCAGAACCGUCCAGAGUAGUGAUGUUGGACGGGCCUGCAAGUGCAGGCAGUGAUCGGUUUCAACCUCAUAGUUUGGAGAUCUACAUAAAACACAGGUGAUCACGUUUAACUUCUGUUGUGACGGUUUUAUAAGGCUUGAUACACUACUCUCUCACUAAUCUGCACACCACCGACCAGCCAAUCAAAAUAAUAUACGCCUAUUCGCAGCUCAGACCUGUAGACUGUUUAAUGAUAAACUAUUGUAGCCGAAUUAAUUGAACCAAAUUUGUAUUUUGGGACAGGUCGUCCUUAUUAUAUGAACAAGGUGUUUUCCAAUAGCCUUUUUUUUAAUGCAAAACAUAUGUAAAUAAUUUGCGUGAAUGGUGUGUGAUUACCGAGAAGAUAGCGCACCGCAUAAACACAGCAGCACCAGCUCUAUAGCAGAGCUCUUCAGCUUGGAACUCUCGCGAGGGGAAAAUGACUUCCACAGGAGAGGGAGAAAGAUGAGGUCUGAAACGGACCAAAUGACCGGGGGCAGGGAGGAAAGUGUCGUCGAAAUACAAUUCAGAGAUAUUCCGAGGGGACAGGACGCCGUCUCCGUCAACUCAAAGCAGAAAGAAGAGAAGAAGGAGGUCUUUACUAAGGUAGUAAUAAGGCGACUUCCACCCAACCUGUCCAAGGACCAGCUGGAAGAACAGCUCAGUCCUCUUCCAUCCUAUGACUACUUCGAGUUUUUCCCUGCUGAUCAAAGCCUCUAUCCACACCUGUUCUCCAGAGUUUACAUUAACUUCAGAAACCCCGACGACAUCCUGCUCUUCAGAGACCGCUUUGAUGGCUAUGUUUUCAUUGAUAACAAAGGCCAGGAGUACCCAGCUGUGGUAGAGUUUGCCCCCUUUCAGAAAGUCUCCAAGAAGAAGCUCAAAAAGAAAGAUUCCAAAGCUGGAAGCAUUGAAGAAGACCUGGAGUACCGGCGGUUUCUGGAGAACUACUCCUGUGAUGAGGAGAAGUCCAUGGCCACCCCUGAAACCCUGCUGGGAGAGAUAGAGGCCAAGACAAAGAAACUCAUAGCCAAAAGAACAACACCUCUUCUGGAGUACAUCAAGAAUAAGAAACUUGAGAAGCACAGGAUAAGAGAAGAGAAGAGAGAGCAGCGUCGACGCAGGGAGCUGGAGAAGAAACGGCAGAGGGAGGAGGAGAAGAGGAAACGGAGGGAGGAGGAGAGACGCAAACGCAAGGAGGCGGAUAAACAGAAGAAACUAUCGGAGAAGGAGAUCAAGAUCAAGCUCCUGAAGAAGAGUGACUGGGACGAUGAUGUGGACUCUGACAGGCUCAAGGACAAAGGAGACAGUGGGGACACAGAGAGGGCCAAGUGGGACAAACCCAGUGGACACAUGAAGUCAAAGGAAACCAAGGACCCGGGUCAGAUGGAGAGCGAUAAGGAGCAGAGAGAGCACGGCCGCAGGCAGAGAGACAAAGACCACAGAGGAAGAGACGAGGAGAGGAAACGACAGCGCCACCACUACGAGUUCGACAAGUCCAUGCGGUGCAAGGAGGAUACCAAGUGGGGUAAAGGCUACUGCCAGGACCGGGCAAAGAAAGAUGGCCAAUACCACAGCUCCUACUCCUACGACACGUGCGACAAGGUGGGCAAGGAGGUCAGAGAGGACAUUGGCGGUAGCAGGAAGGACCGCGUCCGGAACAAGGUGAGCGACAAGUCUGUGUUAACCUAUCAGGACAGAAGGACGGCCCAGUCAGAGAGGCCACACCAGAUACGAGGGGCUCUGCCAAACAAGGACCGGCCUGCCAUGCAGCUCUACCAGCCAGGCGCACACAAUCGCAAGCGCGUGAGCUCUGCGAUGAAAGGUUAUGAGCUUCCCAUGAACGGCUCGCCAGAACACGCGGCGGCGGACCACUGCUACGAGGCCGUCGCCAUGGAAACGGGCUCGGAAAAGAGCGGAGACGAGUAGUCCAGUCUGUCUACUCUGAUAAGCCUUUCACAAUAUUUACGCCUAUGAAUUAUGAAGCCUUUAUGUGCUGGUUUUGAUUAUAUAAAUGCUUCAAAAUUCACAAAAAGUGACGUGAGCUGAUGAAGAUGAUCUCAUAGAACCCCUGUUUACCACAGAAUUCUUUUUUUCCGUUUAUGAAAAAAAAACAUGAACUUCUCCAUAGGCUUUGACGAGCCAUGGCGGAGUUAUUAGUGGCUACAAAAAGACGACAUUACUAUUGCUCUCUAUCGGGCUGCCAGAUUGUAGGCUUGUGUGUUACUAAACGGCAUGCAUGCACAAGGCUUUGGGGUUGAUGGAGCUGCACUCGCCGUUGAAAUCAUUUAAACUUUACAACGAUUCUGGGUCAAACCUUUGCGCAAAUCAUUUCAAAAGGAUUUGAAGAUUGGGUCACCCAUGAUUGGGGUAGGAGAGUAACAAAGAUCAAUCAUUCCCAAUACAUAAUGGAAACCUUUUCAUCUUGUUCUCCUUUGUUGUAUUCUGUACAUCACAGAGAAUUUUCUCUGGACGCGAUUAGAUUGUGUUUUGUCAAGCACGACGGGACUGAAGCUAAAGGAAGUUGUUUGUUUCUUGCUUGUGUGUUAUUCCCAUGUUGUGUCACCCCUGGGUACAAUAGCACAGUCAUUUGU